UGCAUUACGUCGCUAUUGGCAACGCAAUCCAUUGCUUUACGGCAUUGGAACACGCCCAUGGAUUCCAUCAUUAACGUAAAACUAACAAGCGCAUUGGAGCUCACCAGCGUCAUCACCAGCAAAGGAAAGGGAAUGAUGACCAAAAGAAGGCCCGAGACCAAAAGCAACGCUUUCACUCCCCCCCUGCGCAGACCCCUCAGGUCAUGCAGGAAGAGCAUGGGUCCAGAGCUGGGCCAAGGCGCCCCCAGUGGAGAGUCAGGGGAACUGCAGCCCACACAGAACCGUCAGAAUUACAUUCCAACAAUGACACGUUCCGAGGAUCAUCACCCCCCUCUCCCUCCCAGCUCUCGUGGUACCUCCCAGCAGGGGAAAGCAGCGGGAGAUACCAUUUCCCCCAACAAACAGGGGGAUGCAGUGGAAAAAAGUGUGGCUGUGAACAACUUUAGCGAGGAGCGUGUGAUUGGCCAGUCCGUGGAGAGGCGGGACACAGCGGAGGCAGAGCAGACCAAUCAAGAUAAACAUCCUGUCCAGGAGGAGGAAGGGCAAAACACCACAUCCUCCAAUGAGGAUGAACGCUGUAAAGUAGAGGAGGCUACACAGGUGUUCAUCAUCCCCUCACCUCACCCCAGGAGGAUGGGGAUGUGUGGGCUGAGGGAGAGAGCGAUGAGUCGCGGCGUGGAGGAGAGGAGGAGGAGAGAGGGAAGGGAAGUAGAGGAGAGUGCAGGGGAAGAUGGAGAGAGCAGUACUGAGCAGAAAAAGGAGAAGAAGGAAGAGGAGGAGAGAAGGGAAGAGGAGAAAGAAGAGGAGAGGCAGCAGGAGGAGGAAAAGGAAGGGGAGGAAGAGGAGGAGGGGGAGGGGGAAGAGGGGGAGAAGCAGAAGGAGGAGGAGGGGUUGCUUCUGUCUGCAGGAAGUGAUGACCGCCCCCUGCAGGCUAGCCAUCCGGCCCCUGGGGAAGUGAGCGACCCUGGGGAGGUGAGCGACCCUGGGGAGGUGAGCGACCCUGGGCAGGGCCUGGUCCUGGAGGUGAUGGACGAACCAGAGCUGGAAGAGGUGCUUGAAGAAAUUAUGGAGUUAGAGGAGAAGAGAGGGAGGGAAGAUGAGGGAUGUGUUUGGACUGAGACAGAGGACGGCCCCGCUGACAACGCAUCUUAUUCUCCGGAGGCUGGGAGAGAGGCUGGGGCUGAUGAUAGGGCUGGGGUUGAGGCUGAAACUGAAGUUACGGCUGAGGCUAAGGCUGACACCAAGGCCUUCUCCCUGGCCCUGACGGUCGCAGACAAACAGCCAGUCCAGGGGGAGGAGGGGGAGGAGGGCAGGAGAGAUGUAAACUGCCUUGAAGAUGCCACUCAGCUGGUCUGUGGCCUGAUAACUGAACUGUCAUCUCUGAAUCGGAUGGUGAUGGCAACUCACCGCGAGUUGGAGAGCAUUCGCCGUGGCAACAGGACGGCCAGGCCCCUCCCAUCGCGUAGAGGGUUCAGCCCGGGGCACCGGCGCUCCGAGACUUAA